UCCAUUGGUUUUGCAUUAAUAUUUUAUAUAAUUAUUAUUAUUAUAAUAUUUUUACCAGAUUAUUAUUUGCCACCUGAUUUUUAUUAAUCUGUUUUGUCUUAUAAAUUUUCAAAAAGCCAUUUUCGAUUUUUCUGCAUUUCUUCAAUUCUGCCAUGGAUGAGAUAAAUAAGCAGAAUUGUGAUUAUGAACCACUUCCUGGUUCAGAAUCAAAAGCUGAUCAAAGUAAUAAUGAAGCAGAUGAAGGUCCUAGCUCUCAGAAAAACAAAGUUAAUCAUCAUCUCAAUAAAUAUGCACUUGCUGGGGCUAUUUUGGCUUCCACAAAUUCAAUUCUCUUAGGCUAUGAUAUUGGUGUGAUGAGUGGUGCUGUGAUAUUCAUAAGAGAAGAUUUUAAGAUAUCAUCAAUUCAAGUAGAAUUUCUAGUUGGUUUUUUAAAUGUUUGUUCAUUGAUUGGAUCUUUAGCAUCUGGAAAAAUAUCUGAUAUGAUUGGAAGAAGGUACACAAUACUGAUAGCAGCAGCAACAUUUUUCAUAGGUGCAUUAGUAAUGGGAUUAGCACCAUCCUAUACAUUCUUAAUGUUUGGUCGUGUAAUUGCUGGCAUUGGUGUUGGUUUUUCUCUAAUGAUUUCACCGGUUUAUGUUGCUGAACUUUCACCUGAUCUUACAAGAGGGUUCUUAACUUCACUUCCUGAGGUUUUUAUAAGUUGUGGUAUUUUGCUUGGUUAUGUGUCAAACUAUGCUCUUUCAUCUCUUCCAAUUGGGUUGAAUUGGAGAAUCAUGCUUGGUCUUGCUGCAUUGCCAGCUGUUUUUGUAGCACUUGGUGUUUUGUCUAUGCCUGAAUCACCUAGAUGGCUUAUAAUGAAAGGUAGAUAUGAAGAAGCAAAACAAGUUUUGAUAAGAACAUCAGAAAACAAAGGUGAAGCUGAACAUAGAUUUUCAGAAAUUUUACAAGCUGCUUCAAAUUUCAAAACUUCUUCUAGGAAUGUACAAGGGGUGUGGAAAGAAUUGCUAAUCACACCUGCACGUCCUGUCUUAAGAAUCCUCAUAGCUGCCAUUGGUGUUAAUUUUUUCAUGCAAGCUUCUGGAAAUGAUGCUGUAAUCUAUUACAGUCCACAAGUUUUUAGAGUAGCUGGAGUUCAAGAUGAGAAACAACUUUUUGGUGUGACAAUCAUCAUGGGAAUAGCAAAAACAUGUUUUGUUUUUGUUUCAGCUUUGGUUUUGGACAAAUUUGGAAGAAGGCCGAUGUUGUUGUUGGGCUCAUUAGGUAUGGCAGUUUCACUAUUUGGGCUUGGAUUGGGCUGCACAUUUCUACAAAACUCAGAUGAAAAGCCCAUAUGGGCUAUUUCAUUGUGUGUGGUUGCUGUUUGUGCUACUGUUUCAUUCUUUUCUAUUGGGCUUGGGCCUACAACAUGGGUCUAUUCGUCGGAGAUUUUCCCGAUGAGGUUAAGGGCCCAAGGUACAAGUUUGGCAAUUUCUGUGAACCGUUUGAUUAGUGGUAUAGUGUCUAUGUCAUUUCUUAGUGUCUCAGAGGAAAUAACCUUUGGAGGCAUGUUUUUUGUGCUUGGUGGUGUAAUGGUUGUUGCUACAAUUUUCUUUUAUUAUUUUUUACCAGAAACUAAAGGGAAAAGCUUAGAAGAGAUUGAAGCUUUGUUUGAAGAUGAAUUACAUUGAAUAUUGUUGUAGGUUUCAAGAAUGGUAAAAUUUGUUUUGUUGUAUUUUUUAGGCAAAAAAAAAUAUAGUUUUAUUGUUCUAGUAUAAAAGUUUUAUUGUUGUUAAAGGAAUAGGCUUGAUUGGUUUGAUACAUCCUAAUACAUUGAUUGCUAGGAAUUUGGUGGUUACAUGUUUCAACAUAUAAAGAAAAUUACAAUUUGUGAUUUUGAUGGAAGAUAGAACAUAGACAUGAUACAAUAAAAAAUUGAAUAAGAUUAUGAUAUGCCAAUUACAUGAUUACUUUA